GCGUCACAAGGGGCUAGCAGACAAGGGCAGAACGCCGAGAGCGCUGGGAGUGCCUCGCGACCGCUCGAGUGGCGGUGUUUUGCCGCGCUCCUGCUAUGGCAGCAACCGUUGCAGAGGCGGCGAGCGUAGCAGCCGUUCCCGUGUCGGGCUCCCACAACCAGCCGCCUGUAGGCGAAGGCGAGGGAGCGGUGGGCGAUGAGAGGGACUUGGGCACGAAAGGAGCGGAGGCCUUGGGGGACAGCGAGGAGGACGGGGAGGAUGUGUUCGAGGUGGAGAGGAUCCUGGACAUGAAGACCGAAGGGGGUAAAAUCCUUUACAAAGUUCGAUGGAAAGGAUACACAUCAGAUGAUGAUACCUGGGAGCCUGAGGUUCAUCUUGAGGACUGUAAAGAAGUUCUUCUUGAAUUCAGGAAGAAAGUUGUGGAUAACAAAACUAAACCAGUCAAGAAAGAUAUUCAGAGACUAUCCUUAAAUAAUGACAUAUUUGAGGCAAAUUCUGACAGCGAUCAGCAGAGUGAGACAAAAGAAGAGACUUCUCCAAAAAAGAAAAAGAAAAAAUUAAGGCAGAGAGAAGAGAAAAGCCCUGAUGAUCUGAAGAAGAAAAAAGCAAAGACUGGUAAACUAAAAGAGAAAUCCAAGCCAGACCUGGAGAGCUCUGAAAUUUCAAUUUUUGAUUUAAGGACAAAGAAAAGAAUUUCCGAAGCCAAAGAAGAAUUAAAGGAAUCCAAAAAGUCCAAAAGAGAUGAUAUAAAAGAAACUAAGGAAUUAAAGAAAGUUAAAAAGGGUGAAAUAAGAGAUUUAAAAAGUAAAAUAAAAGACGAUUCCAAAGAAAACAGAAAAACAAAAAAAGAGAAACUUCUUGAAUCUCAGUUGGAAUCUGAAUCAGGCAUACUUAAUGACUCUCCCUUUCAGGAAGGGGAGAGUGAAGAUUUACAGUCUGACAACAGAGAGGAGAAACUGAAAAUUAAAAGUGGAAAAGACAAAGCAGGGCCAGACAUUCUAGAUAAACAGCAGGAUGGCUCUGGAAGUGCUGAUGAGGAUGCUGAUGUCAGAGGAAAAAGAAGCAAAAAGAAACCCAGAAAAGCCGAGGAACUUAAAGAGAACAAAAAGCUAGAAAACAAGAACCUUUCUUCAGAGAAGAAAAAUGCACAUAAAAAGCAAAGGAAUCAAGAGAAAAGCAGAAGUACCACGGAGUCAGAUAUUCUGACACACGCAUUUUCCCAUACACAAAAGAGCUCAAGGCUGGGUGAGGAAGAGAGAGGCGGCCUAUCAACUGACUUGGCCAGGGAAGAGAAAGAGACCAAAAAAAACGAACCCAAAGAAAAAUACCAGAGAAGGCAUGAUUUGGACAAGGAAGAAAAAGGCCGCAAAGAGCCAAAAGGAAUAAAGACAUUUAAGGAAAUUAGAAAUGCAUUCGAUUUCUUUAAAUUAACUCCAGAAGAAAAAAAUGAUUUCCCUGAGAGUAAUCAGAAAAGAGAAGAAAUAGCACUGGAUUGUAAUUUCACAGAAGAUCACAAAGCCAAGGAAAACAAACAGUUAUUUAAAGAAAGGAGAAGCACAAGAGAUGAGACUGACACUUGGGCAUAUAUAGCUGCAGAAGGUGAUCAAGAAGUCCUCGAUGGUGCAUGCCAAACCAACGAGAAUUCUGACAGCCGACAGCAGAUUUUGAGUCUGGGCAUGGACCUGCAGCUGGAAUGGAUGAAACUAGAAGAUUUUCAAAAGCAUCUUGAUGGGGAAGAUGAGAACUUUUCUGCAACAGAUGUCAUUCCAAGUAAUUUAUUGAGGGAUGCUGUGAAAAAUGGGGAUUAUAUUACUGUGAAGAUUGCACUUAAUUCAAAUGAAGAAUAUAACCUGGACCAAGAGGAUUCCAGCGGGAUGACACUGUUGAUGCUGGCUGCAGCAGGAGGGCAGGAUGACCUGCUGAGGCUCCUCAUCAGAAAGGGAGCGAAAGUGAAUGGCAGACAGAAGAAUGGGACAACCGCACUCAUUCAUGCAGCCGAAAAGAAUUUUUUAACUACAGUGGCUAUUCUUUUGGAAGCAGGAGCUUUUGUAAAUGUUCAGCAGAGCAAUGGUGAGACUGCUUUAAUGAAGGCCUGUAAAAGAGGAAAUUCAGAUAUUGUGCGACUUGUCAUUGAAUGUGGAGCUGACUGUAAUAUUUUGUCAAAACACCAAAAUAGUGCAAUGCAUUUUGCAAAGCAGUGUAACAACGUGUUGGUGUACGACUUGCUGAAGAAUCAUUUAGACACACUUUCAAGAGUGGCAGAAGAAACCAUAAAGGAUUACUUUGAAGCACGCCUUGCUUUGCUAGAACCAGUUUUUCCAAUAGCAUGUCAUCGUCUCUGUGAGGGGCCAGAUUUUUCAAUGGAUUUCAAUUACAAACCCCCACAGAACAUACCAGAAGGCUCUGGCAUCCUGCUGUUCAUUUUCCAUGCAAACUUUUUGGGUAAAGAUGUUAUUGCUCGGCUCUGUGGACCAUGUAGUGUACAAGCUGUAGUUUUAAAUGAUAAAUUUCAACUUCCUGUUUUUCUGGAUAGUCAUUUUGUUUAUUCAUUCAGCCCUGUUGCAGGCCUCAAUAAACUCUUCAUAAGGUUGACAGAGGCACCCUCUGCUAAGGUAAAGCUGCUAAUAGGUGCGUACAGAGUGCAGCUGCAAUGACCAAACAAUGAAUCAGGAUGGACUGGCUUUCAGACCUGUAUAUUUCUAAACACUCUCUUACAAGCAGUUUAGAAUUCUUGGCACUGCUAACACUUCCAAAUUUAAAAUUUUAUCUGUAAUCCUCAUGCAGUUUAAGUCUCUAAGAUGGAACACGGUGUUCUAAUAUAUCAUAAAAUACAGAAAUGUGCAUAUUUUGUGCCAGUAUUUUCUUAAGUCGGUGUUGUGUCCAAACUGCCUAUUUCGGUUUUCCACAACGUGGAAUGGUGCAUAAAAGGGCUUAGAAAAUUUCUAGCUUCAAAUUCAUUAAUUUUUCACCCUUGAAGUUUGAGGGAAGAGAGCUGAUCUAUUUGUAAUAUGCAGUUGCCACACAUUCCAAGUUGGAGAUGACAACUUUGUAUGUUUCCAGUUAUCCUUUAUUUGAAAAGAUAAGAACCUAAGAAAUAGAACAGUGUCCACAAAAACCUUGUGAGGUCUGAAACGGAAUUACCCUUACUUUGAACACAGGGGAGGUCAGCAGAGCUUUGCCAGUAAGGCUCAUGUGGGGUGGUUAUUGUUCCUGUGGACUUUUCCCGUAGGUCCAACUUUGGUGUUCUUUUAAGAAACAGUUGGCUAAUUAAUAAACCAAGCUCAGUUUAGAUUAUAGAAAUGUAUAAAACUUAGUUCCUGAUUAGUUUUAUAAUUGAGUUCUAAUUUUAAUGAAAAAAUUUCAGAAUAUCAUGUAUUAGACCCACAUAUUAUGUUUACAAAUUAGAGAGCCAUCUUUACAUACUAAUAAAACUGCCCUUUUUUACAAUUUGCUCAAUAAAACACCACAAUGUUGGUCUUUCUGUUUUCUUUUGGUAUUUACCUUGUUUUGAGAUACAAUGUGUACUUUUUAGCUAAAUGGUGUUUGGGGUUGGACUCCUUCAACUAGAUAGAAUUUUGUGCUAGUACUGUAUCCAAUUUCAUAGCUUCCUAGAAAAAAGUUACGAGAUUUUUGUUAGCAACAAUGCAUAGAUCAGGAGUGGGACAGCAGUACAUGUAAGCGAAAUGGGCUUUUUAAGAAAAUUUCCAUUGUGUCCAAAUUCUACCUAAAAUAAUCCUGCAACUUUAUGAGAACAUAUUAAAUGAGCUUACACUAUUUAUCAGGAGGCAUGGCUAUCUAGGGCAGAAAGUAAGUAGUGAAUCUUAGCAUAGUUCCUUUAGGAGUUGAGGCUGAGAAAUAAGAAAGCUGUGAAAAGUCAGCAAGGGGAAGAUGGGCAAGUUAUUCUGACUGAACUAGGGAACUUAAAGUUUGAGAUCACUAUACCUUGUCUGUGUCAGCUUUUACCCACCCUGUGCCAGGCAUGCUAGUAAACCAUGUAAGCAGUGUGUCUAUUAGGAUUAUGUGUAGAGCCACACAAUUUAAUACAGUUGUUCUGCUCAGAACUAUAGCUUUCUCUAUAGCAGGUAAAAAACCUACUUGUCCCUGAGUGGGAAAUGCUGAAAGUUCUGGCUUC